ACCCUCGUCCAGUAGGGGGCGGAACCGGUUAGAAAUGUCUUCGACGGAGUCUCUUGCGUCACUUCCGGUUCUUUCUAAAAAUGGCGUCGUCUGUAACGCAGGGUUCCACGAAGGAAGCUAAAACGGGGAAAAAUCCAUCAAAAGCUAAAAAUGACGGGGAUGAAGCUGAGCUCCUCACCGUUCCUGACGGAUGGAAAGAGCCGUCCUUCUCCAGAGAGGAUAACCCCCGCGGCCUGCUGGAGGAGAGCAGCUUCGCCACGCUCUUCCCCAAAUACAGGGAGGCGUACCUGAAGGAGUGCUGGCCGCUGGUGGAGAAGGCUCUGGGAGAGUCUUACAUCAGAGCCUCUCUGGACCUGAUUGAAGGCAGCAUGACGGUGAACACCACCAAGAAAACCUUCGACCCCUACGCCAUCGUCAGAGCCAGGGACCUCAUCAAGCUCCUGGCCAGGAGCGUCCCGUUUGAGCAGGCUGUGCGGAUCUUGCAGGACGACAUGGCGUGUGACAUCAUCAAAAUCGGCACGCUGGUGCGGAACAGAGAGCGUUUCGUAAAGCGACGACAGCGGCUGAUCGGCCCCAAAGGAUCCACCCUAAAAGCGUUGGAGCUGCUGACCAACUGCUAUGUGAUGGUCCAGGGCAACACGGUGUCGGCGCUGGGACCCUACGGCGGCCUGAAGGAGGUUCGUAAAGUGGUGAUGGACACCAUGAAGAACAUCCAUCCCAUCUAUAACAUUAAGACCCUGAUGAUCAAACAGGAGCUUUCCAAAGACCCCGAGCUGCGGACGCAGAACUGGGAGCGCUUCAUGCCCAAGUUCCGCCACAAGAACCUGUCCAAGCGGAAGGAGCCCAAAAAGAAGAGCGUGAAGAAGGAGUACACGCCCUUCCCUCCGUCACAGCCGGAGAGCAAGGUGGAUAAGGAGCUCGCCACCGGAGAGUUCUUCCUACGAGAAAGUGUGAAGAGGAGGAAGAAGAUGGAGGAGAUAAAGGUCAAACAAGCUGAAGCGCUGACCAAGAAGCAGGAGGAGCGAAACAAAGCCUUCAUUCCCCCCAAAGAGAAGCCGCUGAUGAAGAAAAGUGUCAAAGCCUCCGCAGAAGCAAAGCUGGACAUCCAGGCCAUCAAGGACAAAGUAAGAAAAGCCAAAACCAAGAAACUGGGAGCUCUGCCGUCACUUCCAGCUCCGAGCAGCAGAACCAAACACAGCAAAGCGAAAAGCAAAGGCUGAGGAGCAUCAAGUGUCUGGACUGUUUUUGUGUUUGGACCGGUCCGGGUUCGGCUGAUCCGGUUCCCAGAAUCCCCUUUCUAACAACCAGGAAGUGAUCGGACUGUUCCCUCGCCGUCGUCUCUGAGUGAUCUGUGCACAGUGUGACUGUUUUGAAACAAAUAAAACAAUUUAUUAUUGUGUUUAUCCGACUUUGAGAUUGACCCGUGAACAUGAAUAGAUAAUAGGGUUGUUUGUUGUUACCUGACAGUUAAAGUAAUCAUGUGAACACCUGAAAAUGUUACUUCUGUUUAAAUGGACCAAAUAAAUAUUUUUAUUACA